CGCGCUACACGUUAUUAUUUGUAUAGUAAAAUGAACUAUUAUUUUCAUUGCCAAAUUGUAGUACUUGCAAUAUAAAUAUAACGAAUCGGUCUACGAGCUAAGGCACAAAAGCAAUCUUCUUCUCUUUUCACAGUUCUGUUUCUCCCUCUCUCUAAAUGAUGGCAAACAACUGUAAUUUAGUCAGUGUUCUAUGUGUAAUUUUGGUAUUGACCCUCUUUCACAACCCCAUCACUGUCGCCGGACAGAAUAGUCCGGUGGUCGCCUUGUUCACCUUUGGUGACUCCAACUUCGACGCCGGAAACAAACAGACUCUCACCAAAACCUUAGUCGCUCAAGGUUUCUGGCCGUACGGAAAAUCUCGAGAUGAUCCCAACGGCAAAUUCUCCGACGGCCUCAUCACUCCGGACUUCCUCGCUAAAUUCAUGAAGAUUCCGCUCGCGAUCGCGCCGGCGCUUCAACCGAACGUCAAUGUCUCACGUGGAGCUAGUUUCGCCGUCGAAGGUGCUACUCUACUCGGAGCUCCGGUGGAAUCUAUGACUCUGAAUCAACAAGUGAAAAAAUUCAAUCAAAUGAAAGCAGCAAAUUGGAACGAUGAUUUCGUGGCAAAGUCAGUAUUUAUGAUAUACAUUGGUGCAAACGAUUACUUAAAUUUCACCAAGAACAACCCUACCGCUGAUGCAUCUGCUCAACAAGCUUUUGUUACUUCCGUGACCAACAAGUUAAAGAACGAUAUUAGCGCGUUGUAUUCAUCAGGAGCGAGUAAAUUCGUGAUCCAAACCUUAGCUCCAUUGGGUUGCUUACCCAUCGUCAGACAAGAAUACAACACCGGGAUGGAUCAAUGCUAUGAGAAACUCAACGAUUUGGCUAAACAACACAACGAAAAAAUUGGACCGAUGUUGAACGAAAUGGCUAGAAACUCUCCUGCAUCAGCUCCUUUCCAAUUCACCGUCUUUGAUUUCUACAAUGCCGUUCUUACUAGGACGCAGAGGAACCAAAACUUCCGGUUUUUCGUCACGAACGCAUCGUGCUGCGGAGUUGGAUCUCACGAUGCUUAUGGUUGCGGUUUACCUAACGUGCAUUCGAAGCUAUGUGAGUACCAACGGUCUUUCCUAUUCUUCGACGGACGUCACAACUCCGAGAAGGCGCAAGAAAUGUUUGCCCAUCUUCUUUUUGGAGCCGAUACAAAUGUUGUCCAACCGAUGAACGUCCGUGAGCUUACUGUUUACCCAGUCGAUGAACCCAUGCGUGAAUUUUGGGUGCCUCCAACGCCAGCUACUGUCCACGCCAGCGACUCUAGCUCGUCCACUAGCCGCGGUUACGAGUAUUACUGAGUCUUUUUAAAACUCAAUCUUUAGGGUCAAUCAGGUUUUCUACAAUGGUCAUGAGUUAAUUUAUAACCGAAUCAAAAUCGGAAUCUUGAUGUUUUUGAUUUGCAAUGUUUUCCUGUUUCUCUAGUGAGUUUUUCUCUAUAAUAAAAGAUUGAUCUUAUCAACUCUUUCCACGUCCUGGAAUUUAUCGAGAGUUCAUUAGUCUAUCGAUUUACUCUAAUCUAUUCGAUAUCUUAUAUUCCUUCUGUUCAUUUUUGUUUGAUUUUUUAGAAAAAACAUAAAUAUUAAGAAAAUAUAUUAAAUGUUGCUUUUAAAUGUAUUGUUUUUUGUGAUUUACAAUUUUCAAUAACUCUAAACCAAUGAUAUUUACUAAUUUGUAUUGAAGUUUACAAUUUAU